ACAUUGAAUUCAAAGAUGUGGAAGUUAUCGGCUCUAGUGGUGAUGUUAUGUCUAGCGACUACCGUGCAUGGACAUUUGCAGAUGACCUUUCCCCCGGCCAGAAAGUUUGCAUUGGACUUCCUGGAUAACGUCAGAACUCCGGCUCCGUGCAGUGGAAUGACAUUUACAGAUGGAAUGCCGAUUACGACACUGGAAACAGGAAAAACAGUCAGAGCUACAUGGCACGUCGCUUAUCCACAUAUGGGCGGAAUCAGAUUUGAGCUUCUGAACGCUACAUCCGGCGAAGUUACGGCAAGCUUGACUGGUGACGGAUACCAAUACACCAAUGAUUCAACGAGACUUUAUCAUGAUCUCACGUUUGGGGCAGAUCAUGUUUGCGAUCACUGUAUCCUAAGAAUAACUCGGCAAGCAGGUGAAUGGACUGCUGGGGCAGAUGGAUAUCUCUUUUGGAGCUGCGCUGAUGUGAAAAUAAUGGCACCAGGGUCUGAUUGCUACGACGGAAAAUGCUUGAAUGGAGGAACAUGCAGCGACGGGACCUGCCAGUGCGUCAAAACCUACACAGGUGACAGAUGUGAGUACAAAAACGACUGUGACGAUGAUACAGAUUGCAAUAGUAACGGAGUUUGCUACGAUAUCCAAUCCACGUAUUAUCCGACCAAAGUCUGCUAUUGUAACGCUGGCAAAAUGGGACGAUACUGCAGCAAAGAUUCUCCUGUAACAAACGCAGUGAAAACAGCUGAAGAGUUGACGGGAUAUUACAAAUCUGAGUUGUAUGGAAAUCCAGAGUUCAGCAUGUACUGGAAGCUCUUGGGGACCAAUAAGGACGAGAUCGAAGUUGUUCUGCAAGUGAAGACGAAGACCUGGGUCGCUUUAGGAUGGAGACCAAACACUGUAACUGGAACAUGCAGGAGUUUUCCUGUAACCAGUGGAACGCCAACCGGCACUCCGGAAGGAACUCCCGAGGGCACAGCAGAACCGGAAACAACUCCUGAACCGGCCUCCGAACCGGAAACAACACCGGAACCUACAACGGCGGCUGCUGCUCGGAAACGUCGAUCGUUGAGAAGAGUCAAAAGGGAAACUGAGGUAAACAUGAUCAAGCAACUCUGCCUCGCUGGAAAUGUCUCAGAAGCGAUCGCUUGGGCCAACAGCAAUUACAACUCUGAUCCAGGAGCUCCAGUGCCGGAACCAGAAGGUACUCCAGAAGGCACCCCCGCACCCGAAGGAGAAGGAGAGCCCGCUCCUGGAACCACUGCCGCGCCAGAAGGUGCUCCCGAGGGCACACCGGAAGGUACCCCGGAAGGAACUCCGGAAGGAGGCCCGGAAGGUCAGCCAGAGGGAAAUUCUGCUGCUUUGCAUGCUAUGGACUGCCAGGAUAUGGUCUUUCUUUCGGCUGAAGGUAACCGACAUCGCAUUCUUGACUCUUACACCAGAGACAGAUCAACUCCUAGACCCGACUCGUUCUUUGGCGGAACGGAUGAUUUGACUGCUGCAGCGGCCUCGCACGUUGAUGGAAUGUUGCAUGCAGCCUUUAGAAGGAAGCUUUACAGCUCAGACCAGGCCGAUCACACCAUUCCGGACGGACCAGCAACCUUCAUUUGGGCAAGAGGACAAGACCCGAAUAGAUUCUACCACUGGCCAAUCGGAGGACUUGAAAGAUGCCAAGCGUCCAACUAUGAUUAUUACAAGAUCAACGAACUGAAAUACCACGGCACCAAAGACUCCCAGAGAGGAUCCAGAACCAUCAAUGUUUAUGAUGAUCCUAACUCCACCGAAGAAGCAAGUGAAGGCACACACUCUUCCCCAAGAGAUUGCACGGAAAAUUGCAAUUAUGUCGCACGUUGGAGAUACAGAAAGAGCACAGGAAUGGUGCAAUUCACUAUAACAGCAAAGGUGGCCCUGCAACAGUGGGCAGCUAUUGGAUUUUCUGACGACCAGGCCAUGGUCAACACGGACGCUGUCGUAGUAUGGAUGGAUAACGCGUCGAACCCGCCAACAGUAACCGAUAGAUAUAUUACCGCCAGGACUCCAGCAGGUGUCGCCCUUGACGGUGGAACCCCCUCUACAUCCGUUGUUGGGGGAAGCUACAAUAAUGGUCAAAUGACGGUUGAAUUCACUAGACCUCUAAAAUCUACGGACGAUAAUGAUCUUGGGCUGGACACUUGUAGGUUUUUUCUGUAUGCAUGGGGAGGUAGCGUGAACGGCAAUGACCUGACUUAUCACUCAUCUAGGGAGACCAGCACUCAGAAGAUUUGCAUCGAUUCUGGCUCGGCAAGGAUCGCUAUCUCAAACAUACUAAGCUGGUCUUGGAUUGUUUGUGUGCUUAUCAUUUCUCGUCUAUCACUUCAAUGAUGACGUUACGAAUUACAAAUGACGUGUUCGUAUCAUGUCAUCAUAACACAAGGCUAACAUUACUUCAAGAACGCAUCCUAAUACAGAAAAUGAAAACGUGAAAGUUUGAUAAUAGAAAAAGUUUGAAUUCUGUAAUUUGCGUUUUUUUGAUAUUUUUUUGAUAUUUUUAUGUAAUGAGUCUAAAGAAAAACGUUUUGCAACCUGGAGUUUUAAACAAGUGUCUGAAAUGAACAUUUUGUCCGAAAUUGUUGCGACUAAAAUAUAGUCUAUCUUGUCAGCAUUGCUGGUUGUUAUUUAACACCGGUCCGAAAUCGUUACUUUGGUCCGAAACGUCCUCUCAAAUUUGUUACCUUAUCCAAUUCUUUGCUGUUUCGGUUUGAUUAUCUAUACUCUUCAUAAUACCAAGGCACAGCCAUUCUAUAUAUGUUUACAAAUAUUUAGAAAUCCUAUUUCCCAUGACAGUCGGUCCUAGGUUAUAUGGACGACGCAAAAUUGGAACUAACUUCAUUUUGUCAAAAUAUUCAAUAUUGACAUCAUUGCAGCCCAAACUAGAUAAAACUGGUUAUAAUCUGACUUAAAAUUCAAUUUGAGCAUUUUCGUCCAAAAAAAAUAAUCGUUUGUUCAAAUUCAAUGCAGUUUCAGUACAGAAUUCGGUGCAAAAGAAAUAAAAAUGGAGUGCUCCAGAAGUAUGCGCACCAAAAUUUCGCACAACCUAAAUUCUAACCGGUACAUACAUACUAUGUUCAGGUUGUGCGUCAUCUUGGUGCGCAUACUUCUGGAGGUCCAAAAAAGGUAUUUACUCCACAUUAAUCGCUUUCAUUUUCGUCCGAAGUUGAUUAGUGGCAUCACCGAACCAAUCUAUCGUUCAGUUUUGUAUUUUCGGCCACUUUUGGCUUCUGCACAACAAGCUUUCAUAUUAUUUUCAACUUUCAGAAACUAAAUAUUGCAUUGUAUGUUCUGUAUUUUGUAUGUUUUCUUUAUCGUUUGUUGCACACUUCAAUUUUUUUCGAAAUUCGACUUUUCCCAAACUGGUCGACUGACCAGAACUGUUAUAUUACGUGACUGGACUAUUUCGGCGGGAUGGGCCACCCUUGGAAUAAACAUUCAAAUAUUUCCAGCCUCGGCCUAUAGUUUGUUUUUAGAAACAAAUUUUCGAUGGCAAAUGUUUAAGAUUCUUAAUGUUACAAUAUUUUAAAGAUAUUGGUAUUUUAGAGGUAGCGCGUACGACCAGAGGCCGAAAACGUGAGUUCAAAAGUCUUGAGUGGUUAAAAAAAAGUUUAAAUUAACAAAGAAAUGUUUUAUUUACAUUCCAAAAUAAGUUCUGCCCCGCAUUUCUCCUGGCCCCUUUCGACCAGGUCCGACCAAUUAUCAUAUUCUACGUUUUCAGAAUAUUUUUUUUUGUCACUCAAAUUUUUACUUGGAUCUUAUUUUAAUUCUAACAAAACAAAUUCAGUGAUUGCAUUGUGUGCUAAUUAACAUUAAAUUGAUUUUUUGUUGUUACCAGAGCUGGGCAUUUUUGAAUACCGUAUGAUGAUUUCAGAAUCGAAUCAAAUAAUUUUUUUCGACCUUUGGCAGACAAAAAAAACAGGUUGGCCGCGCGAUUCGAAAUUUUGUCUAACUCGAUUCGAAUGAUUUACUAUUCGAUUCAAAAUGCCCAGCUCCAGUUGUUACUUUACUGAAAGUUUCAAUAUAUUGAAGUUACAACAAGAAGA